AUGUCGACUACUACAACUAUUCUCACACCCACCAUUAGUCUCACUACCGCUCAAGAGGAGGCGAACUCUGUGAAGAAUAGAAUCGAUAUCAACAGUAAUCAUAUCGAAAAACACGAUCAAAAAAACCUUGUAGGUUUUCUUGGUGAAGAAUUGGGCAUUAAAUUUUAUCCAUAUUUACAAUUUGAAGAUGUUACUCUUUUGAAACGUAAAGACAAUGCUAAAAGCACCAUGAGAACUGGAUUCUGGACCUUUCGUUCAAAAGAAGUUGCACUAAAGGAAUUGCCUGAAAUAAUAAAAAAUGACGAGGAAAAAAGUGAAAAGCUCUAUAACGAGUUACGUUCGCUCAAGAAACUAACAAUUCAUGAAAACAUUCUACAAUAUCAUUGUAUAACAAAAGAUCCGGAAUCGAAAAAAUAUCUUUUAGUACUACAACAUGUGGACAAUGACGAUUUACAUUUAUAUUUGGAAAAAAAUUCAAGAGAGAUGUCUUGGGUGGAUAAGUUACGACUAACGAAAGGCAUUGCGUAUGCACUUCUUCAUUUACACAAAUCAGGAAUAAUACAUCGUCAUUUGAAUUCAUCUAAUAUCCUAAUAAACCGUGGUAGAUCAUCUUUGACAGAUCCAAUCACGUUUACUUUGGAAUAUCAUUCAUCAUCAUCACAAGAUAUUUUGCCGUUCAUUGAUCCAAAAUUAUUGGCGAAUCCAAAUUUAACUCCAGAUUCACGAUCAGAUGUUUAUAGUUUGGGAAUGAUAAUGUGGGAGAUAUCAAGCGGACGACAACCAUUUUCAUUCACCUCAUUUGAUCAAGAUUUUAUAAAUGAAAUUAUCAAUGGAAAACGUGAAUCGCCGGUAGUUGGAACACCAAUCGAAUAUGUUCAACUAUAUGUCAAAUGCUGGAAUUCGGAUCCUGAUCAAAGACCAACGAUCGAGGAAGUAUGUGAACGAUUAGAGGAUAUGAUGUUGACACCAGUCGUCCAAAAACUUGAUCAUGAUUUUGCAACCGAAGAUGAGGAUGAAGGCGUUCAAUCGGAAGAAAAUAGAUCUUCAGGAAUGGAAAAACGCGAUGGCCACGGUAAUGAUGUCUUCUUUAACUUCGAUGUAAAUGAAGACAACUCGAUGGAAGUGCGAGGCAAUCAACAUGAAUCGAAAUUUGACAUGAAAGAGGAUGACGACAAUAAAACGGACUCGUCUUCGAAUUAUCCGACAAGUGUUCAAGAAAGUGAUGCCGGUAAUGAGAUAGGAGUAGGUGAUAAUGACAAAACCUCAACACCUAUUGAACUCCCUACUUCAGAACUUAAUGCAAACGAUAACUUUACUUCCGGGACACACGAUCCACCUCGGCAAAUCUUAGAAACAAAAGGUAUCAGUGGUGCUGAUCCUCCCAUGAAACGAAAAUUGAAAAACAGGUUUUGGAUAAAAUUAGAUGAAACACCAGAUUUUUAUUUUUCAUUUACACAUUAUACAUUAUAUCUUGGCACGGAUUAUGCUAUUAUCUCAAAUGGAGAAUGUGAAGUGGUUGAUGGAUAUCUCCAAUUAUGUGCAUUGCUAUUUUGUGAGGAGGUUGGUGAAUUUGUAGCUGGUGACGAUUGGUUAGUGGUCAACGUUGCCGUCGUCACAGUUGUUAAUGAAAUUGGUGUCCUAAUAUUAUGGAAAUGA